GACUACAAAACAUAUAAUCGCAGAGUGUCCAUCUUUUAAUCCAGAAAGAUCAUCAAAUCUACCACGGACAAUAUCUGAAAUUUUAGGAACUUAAUACAAUAUUCUAACCUCAAAAAUUACCUCAGACAGAUCUAUCAUAAACUUAAUUUAACAAUAAAAUACUAACAGUUAAUUCGUACUGUUAAAAAUUAGAUCGCUAAUAAUCAGUAUACGGUUGAUUUGAAUUUUGUAAUAAAAAAAAACUAUUAAGAAUAAAUAGAAUAUGAUAUAAUGAAAUGAUCUUUGUGUUGCAUUCGUAUUGAAUGCACCAAAUUAUUUUUCUUAGUGUUAUAAAAGAGAGUUUCUUAUUGACGGACCUUUUGCUUUGUCUGUGCUAGUUAUCGGUAUUUUGUGAGCCGUGUAACCUACUGACAAGUUACAGCUGUGUUUUUGACAGUGGCACUGUAGCAGUGAAAAAAGAAAAUUAUUUUAGCAUAUUGAGAGAUGGCAACAUCGAAACUUAGCAAUGAAGAGCAACUUAAACGCCUCAUUUAUGUAUGUAAUGUACGUCCAAUAUACUAUUGUGGAGGACCAGAAAAGUACAUGCCCAUUUCAAAACUAAAGAUAGAUUUACUUGAGGCUAUGUUGAAAAACAAUUACAUGGAAUUGCUCAAUGUUAUAGAGUCGAUUAAUGAUGAUAAACUAAUUCCUUACCGCACACAAAUAUUCAAUGUAUUGUGUUUUGCUUUGAGAAUGGAAAAUGCCACACCAGAGAAAAAAAAUGCUAUUUGUGCCUUGGCUAGAAAACUCAUGAAAACUGAGACAGAUUUUUUUGAGUUUGUAAAAUAUGCUUCUCGAUUUCAUAAUAAUAAACUUUCAAAAACUGUUAGAAAAGCAAUAAUUUCAUAUUAUUCAAGCAAAAGCCCAGAAGAACUUGCUCAGUUUUAUGUUACUGCUAAAAGUGUUCAUGGAAGAUCUCAUAAGGAUCUCAUCAAAUUGUGUCAUAUGCAAUCAAAAACACCUGAACAUAACAUAGUUAUCAAUUACAUUUUGAAAAAUAGUUAUAAAGCAAAUGAACCAGGACAUCAGAUACUGGAAGUUAUGCGAAAGGUUGAUACUUUAAGAAAAACUAGUGAUCAUAAAGUUGCUGUUCCAUUGAUACAGGAACUAAAAGCCACCAUAAAUCAAGUUGAACCAAAACUUAGAAAAUCGGCUGAAGUUUGGAGCGCGGUACUGUUGAAUAUGUCUUUAAAAGAGGUAUUACCAACAUUGACAAAACUUUAUAAGCUUGGAUUCCUGAAAAAGGAUUCUCCAAUUCUUGCUAGAGUUACAGAGAUAUUAACCAAUGGAGAUAAUAUAAAAUCGAGUGGUAUCCAUCCCUUGGAAGUCUUUAUAUACAUGAAAAAUUUCGAAAGGGGUGGAAAACCUUUGGAUGCAAAAUUACUCCAGCAUUUGCAAUUAGAGAAGAAACUCACAGAGGAGGAAUUGAAAAAAUUGAGAACACCACAUGAGGUUAAGUGCCCCAUUGUUCUAAGUAAUCUACAGAAAUGUAUGAACAUAUCUUGUAAUAAUAUUCAAUCUUUCGGAAAAAGAUAUCUAAUCACAAUUGAUACUACAGCAAAAACGGAAACCCCAUGUUUGUGUAAUAAAAACAUUACCGGCAUUGAAGCAGCAUCAGCUUUCGUCUGGUUUCUAUUAAGAACAGAAAAAGAUGUUACAGUGGCUGUUUUUAAAGAUAAAGAUGUAGCAAUUAUUCCUCUUGAUAAAAAAAGUCAUAUCAAUGAGUAUGUUAACAAACUAAAAGAAAACAAGAGUCAGUUCUUAGUGAUGGCAUCGCCAAUAGAAUGGGCGACAGCAAAUAAAAAACAUUUUGAUGUGUUUUUAAAUUUCGUCCAUCACAAAGAUUAUUACACUGACGCUCCUAAGGAAGUUAGGGACAAAAUGGCUAAACCAGUGGAGGCCUUACAGAAAUACAGAAAAAAGCUCAACCAUCCAAAUGCAAAGUUAGUUACUUUUCUUCUGUCAUCUCCGGGUCUAACGAUUUCCGAUGGUUCUCCUAAUGUUCUAGAUGUCUGUGGCUUUGACAACGGCGUCCCGAAACUAGUGGAAGCCUUCUGUCGCGGUCAUUUCUGUUGAAUUUUGACACAAACUGACUAUAAACACUAAAUCCGAUCUAAAAAAAAGUGUUCAUUGAAAUUUUAUAUUUUUUUUACGACGCUCGAAUAAUGCUAGUGAUAAAAACGCAAAACUUUUUCCCAUGACAUUGAAAAUAUUCGAACGUUUUUGAUAUUGCAAUAUCAUAUACUAGACUCAACUAAACUCAUAAAGCCGGUUCACGAAAACAAACAGAAAUAUUCACAUAGUUCUGGUCAUUUCUAUCUAUCUACCGAUAGGAAUUGAGAAUAUCCUCAUGUUUAUUAUAGUUUUGUAAUAAUAUAGUUUCUAUUAUAAAACUAUAGUAGUUCUUAUUAAAAAUAUAAUAGAGAGGUUGACUUUAGCGGCUUUUUAGAAUUAUAUUCGCUUUAAGGAAGGGUUUUGUCAACUUUUAUUUUAUUUCUAUAUGAUUUCGAAGUAAAAUGAACUGUUUUCAUCAUCUGUUUAAAUAUAAAAUAAUAUUAUUUCUUCCUUUUCAUCGAUUUUGAAUAGCUAUUCAGUUUCACUGUUCCUAAAACUGAAAACUGUUUUCAAAAACUUAUUUUAUCGAUCUUGUAAAUGUUUUUGAAUUUAGUCUGGUACGAGUAAAUUGACACGCACACACGCUAACGUAUGUGAUAUUUUCAAUUUUAUUUAUUUAUUUUUUUGAUAGUAUUUAUAUUAUUCGGAAAUAAAAAUGUGUGUUUUUAUUUUCAAAAAAUUAUUUCUGUUGAAUUUUUGAGAAGUUUUUUUAUAAAAAUAUCUCCUAUAGUAUUAAUAUAAUGAGAAAAAUCGAAAUAUCUCCUGAUUGCAAGAGAAAAUUUAAUAAAUGUUUAGAAUAGUAUUUCCGGAGGUAUUUUUAUAAAAAUUAUUAAGACACAUACGUUUUUAUUGCGUUUUUUUCUUGAAUCCAAAUUUUGUUUUGAAACUAAAAAUGUAGAAACUGCCUUUUUACAGUAUCUACCACAUUUUUCUGCAACAUGUAUCAAUGUAAUGGUAAAUAAAAGUACAUAUAAGUCCAACUUCUCUGACUAAUGACUAUAAAUUAUAAAUAAAUAAUCAUCUAUAAACUAGUGAUGACAUAUCUUCAUUAUUAGUCGUUUUAAUGAGCAUUUGAUGAAUAAUUUUACUUUACAUAUGUGUAAUAAAGAUUUUUCUAAAUAAAUAAAUUCUUAUUUACUUCUAUAAUUUCUUGGAUGGUAUAAAGAUUAUAAAAAUGUUUCAAAAAGUCUACCAAAGUCUACUUUGAGUUCGACUGUGGGUUAAAGGAAAGUGUCUGCGUAGACUACUAGUAUAUAAUUGCAGUCAUCUGUCAGAGUCAUUGAAAAUACUAAUAGGUCUUACAUGCUCUUGGGUAUGUGGAUUAAUCUUUUUUCUGUUCACUACAUAUUAUUUUGUUUAAAUAAUUAUUUUUCGUCUCUGGUUUGUUGUUAGUUACAUUUAUCCGUGUUUAUAAUAAUUGUACGAGUGAUUCAGCAUGAAAAAAGUUUUAGCGGUACAAUUUUUGCAUAUUUUUUGUAUGCCUAAGUGUACUUAGUGGUAAUUUGAGUUAACAAUAUCUUAAGUUGCUAACCAUCUAUACCAGGGGUCUCCAAACUACGGCCCGCGACAGCCAAAGUUUUGACUGAGAAUGAAUGCGAAGAAAGAUGAUUACUCAGUUUUAUUUACUUGCAAGGUAAAAAUUUAAUGACGAUGAAAACUUAACUAAAGCAUCUAUGUUUAAGCAUAUAACAAAUAACAAACAAAUAUAAAAUGAAUACCAACUAAUAAAACAAAAAAAAACAAUAAUGAUUUAUGGAAUUGUGAUUUUUUUCCGAAAAUUGUUUGUAGUUUUAAUUUUAAAUUAAUUUUACUUGUACCAAUUAUUUAAAGAUAUUUGAGAUGAACAUCGGUCAAUUUACUUAAUUUCACAAUUAAAAUUAAAAUUCGGCCCUUGGAACAUACAAAAAAAUUAUUCUGGUUUGAAGGCCUCAAAGUUUGUAGACUCCUGACCUAUACCAUAUAAAUGUUUUUAAUUUACCAUUACUAUGACUAAAACGAUUUUUUUCCUACGACGUUAUUGUUUUAUUUAUAAAAAGAAAACAUUUGACUUUUAGGUUAUAUGUGAUUUGCUAGAGUCGUAGGAAUAUCGAGUUUUUUUCGUAAAAGAAAAGGCUGUUGGUAUAGCUUUAAGUAACUUUCUGCAUUAAGUAACUUAUUUCAGGGAAAUCGAACGUGAGAGUUUUUUAUUACAAAAAACAUUAAUUGACGUUAGAGUUAAUAGUUACAUUUAUGUUAAGAUCAAUAUUUAUAUGUUUUUAAAGAUGUAUUUUGGCAGCUGACCUAAUAAAUGAAAUUGCAUAAC